AUGUUCGAGGAAGUCCCGCAGUAUACACCAUACAAACAAGACCCAACAGGAGCUCCAACCCUCCGCAGCUUCGACGAAAUGCUUCUCGUACUAGACCACAUCCUGCGAGAAGGGCCUCCCUUCUACGACAGAAAGCGGCCCACAACAGCAAUGGGCCUCGUGGGAACACCCAUAAACGCAAUCCUGAACUGGCCCAUCGCAACACUGUCAGGUCAUCAAUUCUUCCUCUCCCCCAUCGUCAACGCGGAACUUAAGCAAGUCCUCGACACGUGGGCGAAAUUUCUAGGCACAUCAGAAUCCCAGGCGUGCCUCGGUGGCUGGCUCUCAUCAGAGGGAAGAGAGGCCAUAGCCCAGGCCGGUAACGAUGGCAAAACAAAUUACACCUUCGAACAACUCUUCCAAUACCCCAACGCUUCAGCGCCUUAUCUCGGCUAUACCUCCUGGGACUCCUACUUCGUCCGUAAAUUCCAGGAUGGGAUUCGACCCGUGGAAGCACCAGAUAACGGACCCCUCGAUCCUCGAUACCCAGACCCCACGGCGGUUGUUACCAAUGCCUGCGAGUCUGCGCCGCUGCAAGUCCAGUCGGGAGUUCAGCUGUUUGAUACAUUUUACCUUAAGAAUCAACCGUACUCGUUGACGAAUAUGCUCAACUUCUCACCCCUCGCGCACCAGUUCGUCAACGGUACUGUCUAUCAGGCAUAUCUCAGCGCCUUAUCCUAUCAUCGCUGGCAUGCACCUGUCAGUGGCAGGGUGCUCAAGAUUGAGAAUGUGCCUGGGACGUACUACAGUUCAAAUCUCUACACGGGCUUCUUCGCAUCUAAUGGAAGCGCUCCAGAUCCGGCAGCUCCCAACGAAUCCCAGCCAUAUAUCAGUGCUGUGGCGACGAGGGGGAUUAUAUACAUCCAAGCCAAUAACCCGAAAAUUGGUGUGAUGGCGACGGUGUUUAUCGGGAUGGCGGAGGUGAGUAGUUGUGAGUUCACGGUGGAGGAGGGGGAUAUGCUGGAGAAGGGGGAUGAGAUUGGGAUGUUUCAUUAUGGGGGGAGUAGUCAUGUUAUGGUCUUUCGGCCGGGGGUGGAGUUGAGGUUUGUUAAUCCUGGGCCGUGGAGUAUUGAGGCGGAGGAGAACUUUCCGGUUAGAAGUGCGUUGGCGGCGGUUUCGUAG